AUGAGUCCACUGGCAAGGUCAUUCUUGACUUUUGCUGCUGGUUCCCGAAGUGGUUGGUCUGCGCUGUUCUUAACUUUGGGCAUGCAGCCAUAUCACCCGCGGCCAGCGAGCACGACGUUGUCGACGACGACCAAGGUGGCGCCGUCGCCAGCGCCGUACCCUCCAUUAACGACGGGCGAUCCCAUACGCGCAUCCGUCAACCACCUCCUCACCAAGGCCUUCUCUUUGCCGUGCUCGACCGCCGCCCAGGCGUUCACCCAGCUCGUCCAGCCGACCUCGCGAUUUCAGCUGGCACUCGACGCGUUAUUGCCUGUACUUGACUCGGACACGUCUGCGGAGUUGGCACAACGCAUUCUAGUUUCUUUCAUCCUCUACUCACUAUAUGCGCCCCACCCUGUCACCAUAAACCCUUUCAAGUCGGCGUUGUUGGUCGUUUAUCUCAAGGAGCGCGAGAAGGCUGUCAGCAUCGCUAACGAAGGUGGCAUCAGUCCUAACGAGCAGUUCGUGUGGGUGUUAUGGAAAAUCCUGAAAGGUGACGGCAACGAUAUUGGCCCUUAUUCCCCUAGUACUCUGUCGCGCUGUCCUCUUCCACCUAAAUUACGAGCAAUUAAUCUGGUCCUCGAUGAAGAACUGUACCAUAGUAUUUCUGACAUAGACGAUUCUACUUAUUUUUAUUUCCAAGACCAAAACAGGCGGUCGGCCUCCUCCGAUACUAACGACUCCAAGUAUACCACUAUUCACGAUAUCCCGCCCCUUUCGCGUCCUCCAAGCAGUCUCGAGGAAGAUAGGAGGAAUGAACGCCUCGUCCAUGGCAUGAAACUCCUGAUGACCGCCCGCGACCGUGUCCUAACCCUCUCUGAACAACGGAUGCUCGCCCCCAUUAUCACGGACCUUGCCACUUCGAAGAUUAUAACCUCGACCGACCUGACCCACAUCAUCGCCUAUAACCCAAUUAUAGCCCACCCCAUCCUCGUCAGUCUUCUCACCAAUGCCAACCCGGACAACAACAAUCCCAGACCGUUCAUCGACAUCCUACCUUUCUUGCCACCUACCCUACCGACCUUCGAUCUUUACGGUCGUCUAUUGAGGGAUCAAACCCAGGUCACGGUCCCGGGAUUCUCUACUGUUGCGGACUUGGUACUCCUGGAGGUCCUUGGCCGGUUUAUCCACGAAUGCAUCAACUGGGUUGAUCGUGCUGAGAGAGAGGAGAGGAAUGGCAACAUCAGUGAUGAUCGUGUGGCGAAGGGUAUACAGAACCUGUGCCGUUUCUACGCCUCCCUCAUCAAGCUUAGGCUUGUGGAUCCUGCAUGUGAUGCAGACUCGACCGAAAUGGCCCACUUCACUUUGGCCCAUUCUCGCUUCGAGGAGGCUAACGCGCUCUAUCGGAUUAUCGCUACCUCCAGGUUCUAG